UGCCAGUCAUCAGUUUUCAGCCGUACUCGGUUUUUUGUUUCGUCUUCGCACACGAAAACGCAGAACCUUGUGCUGUGGUAUAUCGAUCAUUAAAGGGUUGUUUCUGUAAUCAAUCUGUAGUGAUUAAUCAUGAGGAAGAGGGAGAGAGAGAAUCCAUGCGGGGUUUGUGGGCAUUAUCACAAAUAUGAAGAAGGGGAAGUUUGUGGGAUUUGUGGUCAUCGGAUCCCUGCUUCAUCAGAGAAAUUGGGAUUUCAAACCAGUGCUUUCCCCUCGGAAAUAUUGCCGGAGUUUCUCUACUUGGGCAGCUACGAUAACGCAUCUCGAGCUGAGCUUCUCAAAACUCAAGGGAUCUCUCGUGUGCUCAAUACUGUACCUGCUUGUCAAAAUCUAUACAAGAACUCCUUUACUUACCACUGCCUCCAAGAUGAAAAAAUUUUACCAUUUGAUGACGCAAUUCAGUUUUUAGAGCAAUGUGAAAAGGACAAGGCUCGUGUUCUAGUGCACUGCAUGUCAGGAAAAAAUAGGUCACCAGCUAUUGUAAUAGCAUACCUGAUGAAGUGCAAAGGAUGGAGACUUGCUCAGAGCUAUCAGUGGGUGAAAGAACGGAGGCCAUCUGUUGAAUUAACUUCAGCUGUCUACCAGCAGUUGCAGGAGUAUGAGCAGAAGAUCUAUGGACAGAUUGAAAACAAUCCAGCCUUACCAGUCUUCCAAUUUUCAGAGACACACCCUUUUGUCUUCAAUUUCCCUAAAGCUAAUGAUCCAGUUCCACUCCCUGUUUUCAAUAUGCCUGCUGCAACCUCCCUUUUUAACCGUCCUACUGUGAACUUUCCUCAUGAGUUUACUUUUGGAGCUGGUCAGACUGAGAAGAAGAUGCUUGAUGUUUGUCUCACCCCUCCAAAUGGGAAUGAUACAUUUAUGGAUGGCUCAUGAUUUCAACUGGAGCUUCUGCAUCAAUGAAUUUUAGUCUGAAGUCGGAACCCUGUUGGAACAAGUUUAUAUCCAGAUUUUAGGAUAUGAAGAGGAGAAAA